AUGUCUCAAACUAACUGCCAAGAGGAGGACCACCAUCUUGCAGUUUUUCAAGCCUUUCUUGAAGAACACCAUCGGAAUGAUAUCUCGAGGGUUCUUCACGCUGACGACCCGUCAGACCAAUACUGUGUCGUUGUUAAUGCACUAGAACUCUUUGAUUCCAACAUAGAGGUCAGCCAGAAGAUACUAGCAGAACCGAACAAGAUGCUGCCAUUAUUUGAUGCAGCCUUAUCUCAGGCAGCCGUGACAAUCAUGCAAGAAAAUACAACACAAGUUUCAAUGUCGUUCAAGUCAAACUUGCAUGUGAGGUUAUCCAAUCUACCCAUCUGUCCAGAGCUGCGCAGGGACACUAUUCCAAAAUCUUCCGAUAUUGGCCGUUUUCUUGCUGUUUCAGGUGAGUGAGCCGGUUAUCAGGUAACAAAAAGUCUAGACAGAGUCAAGUCCCCAUCGGCAAGGGUCGGGGGGGGGUUACCAAACCUGGAGGGGUAGGGAUAGGAGAAGACGAUAAGUUAAACCUCACACGGUUAUGACAAAACUUUCGCUCCUAAAAAUUGCUUAUCAACAAUAAAUUACAGUUGACUCUCUCUUAACAGACACCUCUAUAAAACGGGCACUUCUGUAAAACGGACACCUAGAGUUGGUUCCUGCCUUUGCUUAUUCCCUUUACUUGACUCUUUAUAAGACAGACAUCUCUCUAAGAAGGACAUUUAAUGCCAGUCUUGGAGAGAGUUGACUGUAUAUCAAAACCUUAGACUGGAUAAUACCCCUUGGACAGAUGCAGGGUUGUCAGAGAGUUUUGAAGUGGACAGCUGAGUUGUCAAUGUAAGCGGCCAGUCCAGCAAUAUGUUAUUUAAAAAACGCCAUCUGUAAAGAAAUGCUAAGCAGAGUGGCCGGCCGAUAUUAACCAAGUAGGCAGUGAUUUUCGCCGGCAGCCGACUACUUUUGACAACCCUGCAGAUGAUAUUUUUUUAGGGUUAGAAAAUAUAGAGGAACAUGCUUUUCAUGUGAUAAUAUAAAAGUCAACCAUAAUCACAGUUGUGCUCCAAGAAAAUAAUAUUGGUAGGAGCCCAGUGCUCUGAACCUGUGAAAUUCAGGGUGCGCAGCAUCUGGUGUCUAUAAAAAAGGUAAGAUCCUCUAGACUCCCAGGAGUAGUAAUUAGUUGCCAGGAGCCACUGGGCACUGCUAAGACACAGUCCCGGGGGGGUACUCCCAUACAUUACCUAUACGGGUAUGUGCCGCCCAACGGGGUUGUGAUUUUGAAGCUCCUGAUUUAGAACGGGGUAUCCAUCUCAGAGGCGUUUUCUAGAAAGGGGUAUAAAAAAUUCUGGAUCAAGGCUUUAUCUUCUACUUAAAAUUGUUGCUGAUUAUGAAAAAACAUUUAUUUGAUGUAUAAGUGGAACAAAUAAAGAAAUAUCUUAUUUAAAAAACAGGGCUAUUUCAAUUUACAAACUUUCUAGAACGGAGUAUAAACAAUUGGCCCAUUUUUAGAACGGGGUAUCAGUUUUAGGGCGAAUUCUAGAACGGGGUAUAAAAAAUUGGCCCAUUUCUAGAACGGGGUAUCAAUUUUGCAGGAAAUUUUUUUUAGAACAGGGUGCCAAUUUGGAGUCCCAGGCAGCACAUGCCCACCCAAAAAAUACCCAAGUGCCCCCCCCUUCCCGGGGACACAGUCUUGAUGAUUCCCCAGAUGCAGUGCACAUAGCCAAGCCAUUAGAUUUCCAAGGAAAUCCCUGGGCAGUCUACCAGAUAUGGGUAUGAGUAUGGGUAAUUCAUCUGUGCUGAAACAUAGAAGCAGUUUUUCCUAAGGUCUUCACUAAAUCCUUUUCAUAAAAUUCCAAGUAAUAAUAAUUGAGAAUAAUUUAUGAUAACUAUAGACUAUUACUGGUAAUAUGUCUUUUGGCUAUUGUUUAGGAACUGUGAUCAGAGUAUCAACAGUGAAGCUUCUAGAAUAUGAGAGAGAAUACAUCUGUUGCCGCUGCAAACAGGUCUUUGGAGUUAAAGCUGACUUUGAACAGUUUUACUCCAUUCCCAAACCAACCAAAUGCCCCUCAUCUAAAGAGUGCAACUCAAACAAGUUCAACUGCCUGUCAGAUGGUGGUAGGUUCUCGAAACACAAUAAAGUGGAACCUUGAUAUAACAAAGGGCCAAGUUACUGGCAAAAUUUGUUCACUAUAACGAGGUUUCAUUAUAUCAAGGUUCUUUUUCAUAUAUUUUACUAUCACUAGGGUAAUGAAGAUUGUUUGUUAUUCCAAGGACUUUAUUAUUUAUAGAAGUUCAUUUUAUUGAGGUUCCACUGUAGAAUAUUAUUUCUCAAAAGAGAUGCAUGUCUUCUCCUUUAACCCCUCCCCCCCCCUCCCCGCCCCAUAUUUCAUGUGGAGGCUUGCAUGGUGACUGAGCAGUUAACACUUUGAACUGCAGACCUGUAGGUCUGGGCUCAAGCCUUGUUUCUUUAGUCGAGAAACUUUGCUCCACUUUGUGCAAAUGAAUCAUGUCAUGUAGGAAUCCUGUGCACACUUGUCUCUGUUUUUCUCAACUCUCUUCAAGAGUGAAUGGGUGUGAUGAGUCUACUGCCUCCCAACACAAGCAUUCUCUUUGCAUUGGUAGCGUGCAAAGAAAGUAGUGUCCAAUAGCCCAGGGCUCGUGAAUUUUGCUAUCGGGCUAGUGAAUUCUGUUCUUAACUUGCCUGAAGGGCAAGUGAAGUUUUUUGAGGAAUUCAAGUUACGGAAGAACUGUGAAAUCAAUUCUGCUCAUCAAAACGUUUUUGGGGCAAGUUGAAAUGACGUUUGGGCUAAUGUAUGCUAGCCUCAGCUUGGCUGAAUACUAAGCUGUCAAAAAUGACUUUCUUUACACCCUGAUUGGACAUCAUCGAAGAAUAAUAAAUCAUUUCAAGACAGGUGGAACCACUCAUGUAUUAUUUAUUGUUAACAUGAUUAUAACUUUUUUUCACUGUGAAUCAAAGCAUCAGAGCCAAAAAGUUGUCGAGAUUACCAAGAGAUCAAAAUACAAGAGCAGGUCCAGAAGCUUGCAGUUGGCACCAUCCCACGUGCCAUGUGGGUUGUACUUGAAGAUGAUUUAGUGGACUCUUGCAAGGCUGGGGAUGAUGUAACCAUAUGUGGGGUGGUAAUGAGAAGAUGGAAACCAGUAUUUGUUGAUGUAAGUGUAAUCAGGGCUGUAUAAAAACUAUUUGUUCAAACAGUAAACAUAGCAGAGCUAAAAUUUACUAACAAGACUGUUAGAAACAAAAGAUGCAGUCAGAUCUUAUUUGACUGGUCACACAAAAGGAUUUUGAUAUUCCAGAAAAAAUAUUUUUCCUCACCCUAACCUACAUCAUGCACAGAUGUAAUCUAACCGCAGUUAGUAAUGUCUCUGAGGCAGCACUGAUAUCCUUGUUCUGGGUCUCCAGUGAAUGCAAUGAAUUACCAGAAAUGCUUUUCAAGUUUCCCUUCAACCUGAUCGACAAGUCGACAAUGGCAUUUUUAACAGUCCAAAUCCUGUUACGCAGGUGGAGGCCUAGAACAAAGAUUUUGGUGCUGUUUCACAGACGGACUUAACCCAAAGUUUAGUUUUGUCUGUGACGCAGGCCAACUCACCCUGUCAUUGAUGGGUUUCAUUUUACCUCUUCCCAAUCCCCAUAAAUGCAUUCUUACUUUCAUUUUAAAACUGUAUCUUAUCUUGCCUGCAAAGUAAGUAUUCCUGUGCAAGCUCAGCACAAGGAUCAGAAAACUGUCUUUAGUGACAUCUCUUCAAAAUUUUGCAGACAUUUCAAUACCCCCCAACAAAAUCUUAGUCCUCUGUGUCAAUCACUUCAAAUUUUAUUUGUACUGCUGGCCUUUUACAGCCUCACAAGGUGUUGCGAUAAACAGUUCUAGUAAAACUGUGUCUAAUUUUACCUGUGUAAAGUAUUCUUGUGCAAGCUCAGCACAAGAAUCAGAAAUCAGAACUCUCUGGCCAACUGUCCUUAGUGACGUGUCCUGCCGACUCACCUUUAAAAUUUUGGAGACAUUUCAACACCAUUAAAAUCUUUGUCCUUUGUAAAAAUUACUUCAAAUUUGGCUUUAUGGCUUAUUUUGUAAUGCUCUCUCUAUCCCUGGUAUUUUUUUUUUAAGUUGUAUCCCAUAAUUUUUGCAUCAAGGAUGUCAUGCAAUGUGAAGCUACAAAGGGCCUAUUGCUUUUAAUCUCUCCAAACUUAAAGUCUUGAAUUAUAGAAGAUUAAUGCAGCUUUGUUUUAAACUGUUUAGAGUCGCUGUGACCUUGAGGUUGUACUCAAAGCAAAUCACCUAUCUGUUAAUAAUGAGCAGAGAGCUGGAGUUGCAGUUACUGAAGAACUAAAGCGUGAAUUUGCUGAUUUUUGGCAAAAAUACACAAAUGCACCCCUCCAAGCUAGGAACCACAUCCUCUCCAGUUUCUGCCCUCAAGUGUAUGGACUGUAUGCUGUUAAACUAGCGGUAGCCUUGGUUCUUAUUGGUGGAGUGCAGCGAGUUGAUCCGUCUGGGACACGAGUCAGAGGAGAGUCACAUUUACUGCUGGUGGGAGACCCAGGUGAGUCUCACUGGGCUUCUACAGUCAGAAAAAUUUGGAAAGACAAUGUUCUCAGAGACAGAGAAAAGUCAGGGAAACCUGGGCAUAGUUAGUAAUAGUCGGGGAGAAUAAUUUUCAGGUUAUCAUGGAGUGUUAUGAAGAUUAAUAGGAUAUAUUUUGAUCGCAAAAAAAGCAUUUUGCAUUUAGUUUGAAAGGCACCUUUCCAGUCUGACUUGAAAUGUCUGAUUUAAGUCAUUAGCUCAUCCUAAAGGACCCAGAGGUAGUCAGGUAAGACAUGAGAAUUUAGACUAACAACUGUAAAAAUUAGUGGGGUGGUGGACCACACGUGGCUUUUUCAUUGUGGUGCCUACACCAAGUUUACAUGAUUCUAAGGGGUUACCUUCUUACAAACAGAGUUAAAAGUUAAACUAAGUUGUCACUAUGUGCGCCGCUUAUCUAUUACUCAUACUCUAGGCUCACAACUGUUUCAUUCUUCAAACUGCUGCUAGGAACAGGAAAAUCUCAGUUCUUAAAAUAUGCUGCAAAAAUCACACCUCGUUCAGUCCUAACUACUGGGAUUGGUUCAACAAGUGCUGGGCUGACUGUGGCGGCUGUGCGGGACUCUGGCGAGUGGCAGCUGGAAGCAGGGGCCCUUGUACUGGCAGAUGGUGGGCUGUGUUGUAUUGAUGAGUUCAACAGUAUCCAAGAACAUGACAGAACAUGUAAGAGAUCAUUCUGUGGAUGAUGUUAAGUUAAGCAUCCCUUUCACUUAAGUCGUAGAUCCUCCUCUUCCAGGGGUGGAUCCAGGAUUUUUCUUAGGAAAGGGUGCACCACUAAGAAAUGGCGUAACUGACUAGUGACGUAAAAAAACUUAAAAGCAAAUACGAAGAAGGCUUUUGUCUUGGCAAGAACAUAAUGUAAACUGCUGAGAAUACAUAUUAUACAUAUCUGCAUAUUUUGCAGAAUACUAGUUGUAUUAGAAAGCCGAAGGUCAUCUCCGGGGAGGGGGGGUACACUUCCUGCAUCCUUCCCCUAGAUCCACUCCUGUCCUCUAUUUAGGCCUCCUCCCAUUACUUCCCUCCUCUCCCCCCCCCCCACCACAUUAAACAAACAGGGUACCCACCUAUCAAAUUACCAUAGCCUGUAAACUCUUAUGAGUUUACAACUUAUGACUUUAGCAACAGCUUAACCUAAAGUCCUGAACAAUUUGAAAAGUUUAAGAAAAAAGGCCAUGGAAAUUCAUGGAAUCUGAUGAGCGCAAAAGAGUACGAACCCUGCCUUGCGCAUGCGUCGGUGUUCUUUUUCUUGUACAGUUCUUUCUCUGGUACAUCCCCAUAGAAAGUGUCCGUAUUAAGCAGGUUGAAUUUAGAGAAAAUUUGAGUGCAUUCUUUCCCCAGGGACAGAGCAAAAAUGUCUGUAAUAAUAAGGUGUCCGUAUUAAGCGUCUGUCCGUAAAGCGGGGUUGCACCCUUCGCCCCGCAGGCGCGUUAAACAAAAACAGUGUGCCCUCCAUCAAGUUAGCUUUGCCUGUAACUUAUGGCUUAGUGAUAACUAAACGAAAAGUCAUCGAAAAACUCCAUGGAAAUUCAUGGAAUAGAGCAUGGACCCCAUCUUGCGCAAGCAUCGGCGUUCUAUUUUUUGUGCGUGCUUUUUGCUUCCGCAGCUAGUGAGAAUCACGCCUAAAUGACAUGCAGUACAUUUUCAGGUAUUCAUGAAGCUAUGGAGCAGCAGACCAUUAGUGUGGCUAAGGCAGGAAUGGUUUGCAAGCUCAACACUAGGACAACAAUCCUAGCAGCUACAAACCCUAAAGGACCAUAUGACCCGGCAGAGUGUCUUAGUGUUAACAUUGCAGUCGCCAGUCCACUACUUAGCAGAUUUGAUUUGCUGUUGGUUUUGCAUGACGCUAGAAACGAGGAGUGGGACAGGUACAUAUGUAAUAGCAAGGUGCUUAACCAACGACGACGGCGAUAGGUUUAUUUACCGUAUUUUCUCGAAUAUAAUAGCCGUCCCCCGAUUAAUUGCCUCCCUAGGGUAUUCUUCCCUACGAUUUCGAGUUUUCAUUAGUCGGCAAAAUCUGGGACGGUCGGAAAACAGUAAAAUCCCCGAUCGUCUGGGAUUUUCCCGACACAUUUAGCAAAACAACAACUUUACACGUGCUGCACGCUUUUUUGUACAUUUCUUUGUCGUCGUUGCACGACUAGGACGUGAAACUUCCUACAUUCACGUUUUAUGGAAGACGUCAUGCAGUGAACACAAGACAGCGACUGUCGGUGGGUCUAAAAUACAGGUCACUUUUCCACAAGUCUGAGUACAGGUCACCAUGAUACAGAUAAAUGAAUAGCAUUAAAAGUGUCUCUUAGCCCUAAUCCGAAAUGCUCUAUUAGAUCGAGGGGAAGUCUGCGUGGUUUGGUAAUAGGGACUUUAAGAUUCGACGACGCGACGGCGACGAGAACGUCGCUGAAAAAGUGAAUUUGCGUUCUUUCAGUCUUUAUCGCAAUUAUUCCUACACAUUUACUUUGUCAAAUGUAGGCGAACACUCCUGGAGUUGAAUUCCUAGGCACCAUAUCCAAGCACAGUAAGAGAAAUAAAAUUUCGUCGUUGCUUGUUUACGUCCUCGGUAAAACGCGAAAUUAGGCAUGUUCACGUCGUAGUUGUGCUAAAACGGGCAGAGAAAUGUACAAAAAAGCGUGCUGCACGUGCAAAGUUGUUGUUUUGCUAAUUAAGCCAAUUGUUUUUUUGACGUUCUCGUUACCGUCCGCGUCGUUGGAUCUUAAAGUCCCUGAUUUAUCAAUGAAGCAAUGACCUGUACUCUUGACCCGUGGAAUGUGACUUGUACUUAGACUGUAAAACGAGCAACACAAAAACGUGCAACUUGUUUUGCGACUUUGCCGCAAAUCGAGUGGAAUAGUGAAGGUGCGCGUUUUACCACCUGCGUAAAAAGACCUUGCAACUUUAUUUGUUGCAGGGAAGAUUUCAAAUAUGGGUGGUAAAACGCGCGCAACAUCGCUGUUCAACUCGUUUUGCAGAAAUUUCGCAAAACAAGUUCCACUUUUUUGUUGCCCGUUUUACUGUUGCUUAAAGUGCCCUAAUUACGUAGGAGCCUCAGCGAGACAGCAAACUAUGGACCAACCUUUGUUUACUCUCCCAUUCACAAAAUGAUGAAGCUUCCAACAUUUGAUAACUUGUUUUCGCCACUAUACGACAUUCCGCUAAAACUCGUAGUAGAAUGACGACAAAUGACGACGGCUGUCGCGUUUUCCCGCCAAAAUGACGCUGGUUCACUUGCAAACACUACUGAGUAUUGAGAAAAUCACGUACCAUGCCGUUCAGAGUCUAACAAGAACUUUUAGUGACAACAUGGAACCACACUUAUACGUAACUUAGAAAAUCAUGAUUGCGUGCAAUAAAUUAUUGUCCAAAAAUUAGAUGUGUUGGGGCCUCUUCUCAGUAGAGACCACCUGUUUGUCGAUUCUCGUAAGCCACCACUAAUACACUCUGUACUGUAUUAAGUCUGUUUUAUCUUUUUUUAUAGAAUAGUAUCAUCGUUUAUUCUAGAAGGGAAAGGUCUUCGUACAACUGGUUCUUCAACAGACCCGCUAUGGAGCAUGGAGAAAAUGCAGGCUUAUUUCUGUUAUAUCAAGACACUUAAACCUCAACUCACACCUGAAAGUAACAGGUUAGUUAUCGGUUACCGGUCGUUUCACCCAAAUCAAAUGAUGUUUCGCAAACAUCUUAUGUCGUUCUGCUCACUGAGAAAGGAAACGAGCGCUGCGCAUGUAGAUAUACCUCGUUCUCUCAGCCUUGGUACGAAACAGUGCGUUACACAUGUAUAUACGUUGUUCCUUCAGCCACUGAUCAGACGAAAGCAGUUAGGGAAUUCACCUAACAAGUGAGCGAGGCGACUUAACACGUUAGCGAAAAGGACUUUGGCGAAACGUCAUUUGUGUUUGGUGAAAAUCGCGUAUGAACUGAAGCGAAUCGGUAUCCGGUCGCCUCGCCACCAAACCAUCUCGCCACCAAGAAUAGAACUUAGCGUUAAUUUUAAAAAGUCCCAUUAGUGUACAAAACAGACAAAAAGAAUUUGCAUGAACAUGAAUUUUCUCUUAGCCAUUCCUUAAUCAUAUUUUUAAAGACAUGACUGGUGUUGUCAAACUUUUCUGCCGCGUUUACCGAACCUAUUGUCAGUAUUGAGAAUAUUAAGAGCAUGAGAAGUUCGAUGCAAGGAUUUGAAGAAAAUCGACAAUUAGGAUCAACAGAUUUGUAUUAGAGUGAACUUCAAAUACGAAUAAUCUUGACGAAAAAGUAAAAAUUCUAGGUAAAUAAUCCAUGGUAAUUAAAUUAUGUCAGUUAUUUCAGAGUUGUUUGUGGGUGGCGAGUCAACUUCUUGGUGGCGAGAUGACCGUAAAUCAGCCACUCUUAUCAAGGCGACAUGCGUGACAAGUCAGCUGUACUAAAACCCGGAACACCUAGAAAUAUGUCAAAUGAAUAAAACAAAUAGAACAAACAUUCAACAUUUCACAGAUCAGGGUCAGGGUUUCUAUUGGUGUUUUUCCUUUAUUCUUACCGCCAGAUUUUUGGGGUGUUCCGAGGUGUUCUGGUGUUCCCGUUUUUAGAACAUGCCCAACUGAUCGGGAGGUCGCGGUGUCGCAGCCCGGUCUAAACACCAACCAAGGGCCCGUUUCUCGAAAUUUCAAUUAAUUUGCGGACUCGGAGAGCUGUUUAAUAUUUGUAAUGUGUGCAUUUAAGUUUAAAGUUUCAGUAGUUUUUGACGAAAUACAGAAAAACGGGCGACAAACACGCCCUCUAAUAUUGAACAAAAAUUUUUAAGAAAACGGACCUUUUCGACGGAGACCGUUUCCUAUUCUUGUCACUGACUCUCUUUUAUACAGCGGAGAAAAAUCAGUUUUCUACGUCAUCCCGAAAUUUUAAGUCAUUUGCAGAUUUUACUCCGGAUUUGAAUGACGCUACCCGAGGUAACAGAGGUUUUUCUCGCGUGCGGCGGGGAUUUUCGGUGUUGGCCGAAGGCCGACACAUCUUCGGCCGUCACUAUAAAGACUUGUCAGAAACCGGAAACCGCGCUAGAAAAGUCUCUGGCACCCAGGGUAGAAUGACGCAAACUCCGUUUUUUGAUAUGAAACAAAACGGGCAACAAAAGACUUGUAACUUGUUUUGCAACAUUGCUGCAAGACUUGUUGAAAAGCGCGUUUUACCACCCACGUUCAAACCUGUUUUUCAACAAUUCAGGUUGAUGCAGGUUGCGAAAAGUUGUUGCAGAAAGCAGAGAGUAGUUCUAUUUCUUGCAACAAAAUCUGUGCAUGUUUUACCGGCCCAAGGGAAACUUGUUUUACAGCAAAUGACGUAAUACCCAUGUGUGGCGUGACUCCCACGUAAUGUUAUCCAAUCAGUAGUCAGUAUUGAAGCAACUUGCAGCAACCUGAUUUGUUGCAUAAGGGCUUUGAACAUGGACGGUAAAACGCUUAACAUCGCUUUAGUUUUAAACUCGUUUUGCAGCGAUGUUUCGAAACAAAUUGUACGUUUUUCUCGCCCGUUUUAUCGUAGCUUUAGAUUAAACUGGUAUUCCUUUUUCCGCAGAAUUCUGAGCCGCUAUUACCACUGUCAGCGGCAAGCGGACUUGCGCAAUGCAGCACGGACCACCAUCAGAUUACUGGAAAGCCUUAUAAGGUUAGCACAGGCGCAUGCGCGCUUGAUGUUUCGUGAAUUCGUCACCGUUCAGGAUGCCAUCGUCGCUGUGACGUGCGUAGAAUGCUCCAUGCAGAACAGCGCCUUAUUAGGAAGUAUGAACGCCUUGCAUACGAGGUUCCCGGAUGAUCCUCAGGAGGAGUACUCGCGCCAGGCUAAACUCGUACUAAAACGGCUGAACCUGGAAGACAUGAUAAGAAGUAUUGACACGGCAACAUCGAUUGAAAACAAUAAAGGUGAUAGUGCUGAAAACAGCAGCGACACUGAAAAUAAUCUUCUUUCUCAAAAUGAAUCUCUGCCUGCCAAUGAGGAAGUAAGAGGAGGGGAAAACAAAGCACUAAACUCAGCAGCUGAGGAAAGUGACAAAGUGUUCAGCGAGAAUGAAAUGUCUAUUUUAAAUAACCCGAUGGAUGAAGUAGACUCCAAUGAGCAGUUAACGGGUGUUUUCCCAAUUUCCUCGUCUGAAAUCGGAACCAACGAUCUCGUUGAGGAGAAUCCAAAUACCGCGUGGCACGUAUCUGAACGUAAGCGUAAGACAUCUGGUCAGGAUGAACCGACCAGCGCUAACAAUUUGGGCGAUAAAGGAAAUAAGAUUGUCAACGAUGAUGCUUCUUCAAAACGUCCAAGACUCUCGACAAGUUUAAGAACAAUAACUAAUGCGAACGAAAAUGACUCGACGAAGACGAUUGAUCAUAAUGCUACUGCGUUAAUGGCGCUGGAAAAAAGCAAAAGGAUCAUUGAAAUGUUUUCAAAGAAACCAGCCACCCCCUCUGUCGUUAAUACCCACGAAAACGACUGCCAGGCGCCGUCUGUGGUCAGCAGCAAUAUUUUUGUGACAGAAGAACUCGAUGAAGAUGACCUAGAGGAUGAAUGGCCUACAGAUCUCCUGUCCUUUAAGGAAACGGAAGGAAAUUUGAACCCGAAUACCUUGUUCAGAAGGAGGAAGGGAUCGUGA